AUGGUUGACACUCGCAGUAUAGAGAGCAGGGUUCUUAUAAGAGAGUUUGAUGAAGAUAGAGAUGUUAAGGUGGUGGGGAAGCUUGAGAGAAACUGUGAAAUUGGGACUAAAAAAGGGGUCUCCAUUUUCACCAACAUGAUGGGUGACCCUUUAUCUAGGAUUAGGUUCUAUCCCCUUCAUGUUAUGUUGGUGGCUGAGCUGCUCGAAAGCAGGGAGCUUGUCGGGGUGGUUCGAGGAUGCAUUAAGAGUAUGGGAACUCCUUCUGAAUCAAUGCUGAAGAUAGGUUGCAUACUAGGCCUUAGGGUCUCUCCUACACACAGGAGAAAGGGGGUUGGACUAAAACUUGUCGCCUCAGUUGAAGAAUGGAUGCUGAGAAAUGGAGCUGAAUACGCAUUCCUAGCCACUGAAAAGAACAACGAUGCCUCUAGAAACCUAUUUACCAACAAAUGCAACUAUGUGAACCUAAGCUCACUUGUCAUAUUUGUCCAUCCAAUUAGUUUCCCGGCAAAGCAUAUUUCCAAGGAUAUAAAAAUUGAGAAGGUAAACAUAGACCAAGCAAUUUCCUUAUACAAAAGAACCUUGAGGGCCAAAGAGUUGUAUCUACUAGACAUGGACGUCAUUUUGAAGGAGAAACUCAGCUUGGGCACUUGGGUGAGUUAUUACAAAGAUGAAGGCUGGCUCAACUUGCAGAGAAAGAAAGAAAGUGAAGACAUAAUCAACAAUGAAAUCACAAGCUCGUGGAUCAUCUUUAGCAUAUGGAAUACUUGUGAAGCUUAUAAGCUUCAGCUUAAAAAGUCUCAACCACUUAGGUUUCUUCACACAACUUUAAAUCAUGCAAGGGACAAAAUUUUCCCAUGCCUGAGAAUGUCGGUGAGUGGCUCACUUUGUAGACCUUUUGGGUUUCUAUUCCUCUAUGGACUUCACGGGGAGGGAGAGAACCUCGGGGAGCUAAUGGAAUCUAUAUGGAGGUUCACAUCAAGAUUGGGAGAAAGUUUGAAGGAUUGCAGAGUGGUCAUAACUGAGUUAGGGUUUGGUGAUCCACUAGUAAACCAUGUUCCUCAAACCGCUUCUAUGUCGUGUAUCGAUGAUGUUUGGUACACAAAAAGACUUUCAAACCACUGUGACGAAAAGGAUGAAUUGCUGAUGAAGAGACAAAUAGGGAAUGCAUUUGUUGACCCUAGAGAUUUUUAG